UAAUCCGUCAGUAUCUACCCAUCAGUCUAGGAGGAACAAGUCGAAAGUUCAUCUUGAGGUGUAAGAGGGAGAUGAGUUCACCUGAGAGAGAAUUUCUGUGUAAAGUGCUUGUCGUGGGCGAUCUUGGUGUUGGCAAGACAUCGAUCAUACAGCGGUAUGUCCACAACAUCUUCUCCCAGUGUUACCGAGCAACCAUUGGAGUCGAUUUUGCCCUGAAAAUCGUGAACUGGAACGAGGACACGGUGGUCCGAUUACAGCUUUGGGAUAUUGCAGGUCAGGAGCGGUUUGGCCAUAUGACACGUUUGUAUUACCGUGAAGCUGUAGGAGCUCUCGUGGUGUGUGACGUGGGACGUGAAGCCACGGUGCAAUCAGUCCAGCGUUGGAAAGAAGAUCUGGACUCCAAAGUGUCUUUACAGAGUGGAAAACCAAUCCCAUUAAUACUGCUAGGGAACAAGUGCGACCAACUCCCUCCAGGCUGCAGCACCCGAAAUCUAGAGGAGAUGAGUAAAGAGAUGGGGUUCAGUGGCUGUCAUCUGACCUCUGCAAAGGAAAACAUGAACAUCCAUGAAGCAGUUUCCUGUUUAAUUAAGGAAAUGAUUGCUAAUGAGGAAGAUUCUGAACGUGCGAAUGACCCCAGUAUAGUAAAGCCAUCUCUUCGACCCCUAUCGCUACCUAUCUGCAAGAAUUGCUCACUUUGCUCACGGUGAUGGCCUCGUGCCUUUGUAUUCGUGCGGAUCUAUGUCAUUGUAGUUGUUUCUGUUUGAAUUCGUACCUAAUUUAUACUGUGUAAAAA